AUUCUCAGCUGACGAAGCACGUGAUCUGAUUCAACGUUAUCUCACCGAACAUCCGGAUCCGAACAAUGAGAAUAUUGUCGGUUAUAACAACAAGAAGUGCUGGCCUCGAGAUGCACGAAUGCGUUUGAUGAAACACGAUGUGAAUCUGGGACGUGCCGUCUUCUGGGAUAUCAAGAAUCGUUUACCGCGUUCGGUGACCACUGUCGAAUGGGAGAAUUCAUUUGUGUCGGUGUACAGCAAAGACAAUCCGAAUUUGUUGUUCGAUAUGUGUGGCUUUGAGUGCAGAAUCCUGCCCAAGUGCCGUAUGGCCGCUGAGGAGUUGACGCAUCGUGACGGUGUGUGGAAUCUGCAGAAUGAGGUCACUAAAGAGCGUACUGCCCAGUGUUUCUUGAAGGUCGACGAAGAGUCACUGUUGAAAUUCCACAAUCGAAUCCGUCAGAUUUUGAUGUCCUCCGGUUCAACCACAUUCACAAAGAUUGUCAACAAAUGGAAUACGGCUCUCAUUGGCUUAAUGACAUAUUUCCGUGAGGCGGUCGUCAACACGCAAGAACUGCUGGAUUUGUUGGUGAAAUGUGAGAACAAAAUACAGACUCGUAUCAAGAUCGGUUUGAAUUCGAAAAUGCCAGCCAGAUUCCCACCGGUUGUCUUCUACACGCCAAAAGAGAUCGGUGGUUUGGGUAUGCUUUCGAUGGGUCAUGUGCUCAUACCGCAAUCGGAUUUACGAUGGAUGAAACAAACCGAAGCGGGUGGUGUGACA